AUGAUUGAGGAUUUGUUUCUCUCUUCUACUUGGUUGUUACGCAACUUGGAAGAUUGCAUUUGUUCUUCCGCCCAAGCUAACCCUAGUGAAGACAUUGAAGCUCAGAUUGAAGAUCUAGUGUUUUUAGGUUGGAAACAUCCCACUAAGGCGCAAGGUGAGGGAAGUACCUUAAAUGCUGCAGAGAAACUUGAGGAAGAAUGGACAAAGGAUGAAGAUGAAGCUGCUCUGGGAAACUCUAAAGCACUGAAUGCUAUCUUUAAUGGACUUGACAAGAACAUGUUCAGGCUGAUCAACACAUGCAUUGUGGCAAAGGAUGCCUGGGAUAUUUUGAAGACUGCACAUGAAGGCACCACCAGAGUGAGAAUGUCAAGGCUCCAGAUGCUUACUACUCAGUUUGAGAACUUAAUGAUGACUGAGGAUGAGACUAUUUCUGAAUUUCACAAGUGUGUGCGUGACUUGUCAAAUGCUUCGUUUGCUCUGGGAGAACCUAUGUCAGAUGAAAAGCUUGUGAGGAAGAACUUGAGGUCCGUCACCAGCAAAUUUGCUAUGAAAGUCAUUGCUAUUGAAGAAGCUCAAGACAUCAGCAGUAUGAAGGUUGAUGAAUUCAUUGGUUCGUUGCAGACUUAUGAGUUGAAAUUGGGUGAUAAACCUGAGAAGAAGAGCAAAAGCAUAGCCUUUGUAUCCAACACUGAUGAAGGACAUGAUGCUGACUGUGAAAGUGAGAACCCAUAUGAAUCGCUGGCUCUUCUUGCUAGAAAAUUCAAUAGAGCCCUGAGGAAGAUUGAUAGAAGAAACAGGUCAAAUGUCCAGGACAUUAAGCCAUUUAAUUCUCAGCGAAAGACCAAAGAGGAAGAGAAAUCUGGUCAGAGUAAAGAAGAUGAAAUAGAGCAACUCAAGUCAGAAAAUGAAAAACUGAGAGAAGCUAUUGACAAGCUGCAGGAUGAUCUUGAUGAAUGGAAUACAAAGCUUAAAGAUGUUGACACUGUGGAAAAGCCUAAACUGAUGUUGAUCAAUGAUGAACUUCAAGAAAAAGUGUCCAUACUGACAAACAAACUUGAAGCUACCCAUAAAUCAGUGCGUAUGCGGAAUAGUGGAUCUAUCAUGCUUGAUGAGAUACUGAAGGAAACAAGGAAACAAGGAAGAAGCUUGAAAGGUAUUGGCUUUAACUACAAGACUGCUAACAAGGAAAAUCAGAAGGGGCCAAAGAAAUUUGUUGGGGCUAAAACCAAAUCUGAAUUCAAGAACCCCACCAACUAUCUGAUGUUGGACCCGAUGUCCCAACAUGGGGGUUCUCAGCUGAAGAAUUAUACACCUACUCCUUGGAGAUGUCAUUACUGUGGAAGGAAUGGCCACAUAAAGCCUUAUUGCUUCAAGCUUUAUGGUUAUCCUCAGACUCAGAACAUAGUUAAAGCCUUAAAGGGAAAACAAAAAAGGAAGACUUGGAAGCCCAAAGGUAAAGUCACAUGCCUCAUAGCUCACACAUCUUUCAGAGCUUCUUCAAGUGAAGAUUGGUAUUUUGACAGUGGUUGCUCAAGACAUAUGACUGGAAACAAGGAAUAUCUGGAAAAUCUCAAAGGAUAA